CUCCAGCUUCUUUGCAUAAUUUGAGCCCGUCUCUGUCCAGAGAGAAACACUCGAGUUAUUUCAAGUCACUGGGACAGGAGGAAAGGCUCCACCUGAAGGGCUGCUCAGCAGGGUGGGCUGUGUUCCCCACCUCAAAUCCCCACGUGUGCUCUGGAGGUGCCUGGUGGCUCCUUGGUCUUUCCUCCUUGUCUGUUCUCAUGCACCCUUGGCUUUUGCUGUUGAGCCUGUGCACUUCUUAAAUUCUUGAACAACUCCUUGGCAUGGCUUUUGCUCUCCCACAUUCGUUGGUUGUCAGUUGGGCCUUUACAAAUGUGCCAGAAAUGCCACGUAGACACUUUUGUGUGUUUGUGGACCUGGCAUGUUUGCAUCAGCCUCCAGAAGAGAAUAAUCUGAGUAACAUGUCCUGGCUUGCUGAAACAAUAGGGUGUUUUUUCUGUCUUGGUGUAGGUAUUUUGCACAUUUGUAAGACUCAUGUCAUACCUCUAAAGCAAACCUGGGCAUGGUUGUUCUGCAAAACCUGUUCUAAAAUCUAAACCUAUUUAUUCCCUUCCCUCCAUAAACUUCCUUAUGACACAAGUGAUAUUUUGAAGAAUGAGUGAAUCAAUAUGACUGUUCCUCAAUUAUGGAAAUAAAAACCUAAGCGGCAUCAGAAGUCUGAAAGAAAUACGGUAUUUCCAUGCCUGAUGCAAAAGUGGCAUGUUUUAAUGACUGGAAAAGUCUUUGACUUCAUCGUUUUGGUUGGGAUUUGAUCCUGGACAUUGUUUAGACAUUCAGAGAAAAUAUGUAUUGGACUUUCAUGUGGAACAGUGUCCAGGAUUGUGAGGGAACUUUGUCUUGUUUCUCCAUUAGGAAAGCCAGAAUGCCAGGCAGUGAGGAGCCAGAGCAACAAACUGGAUUUUGAAGCUCACUUUUCCUGCACAGUUCCUGGAAUCUCUGGUGAGGAAUUGGUGUUCCUGAGGCUGCAGUGCAAUUUUAUGCCUUCUGUAACAAAGGAUCUCUCCAGGGCGGUUGAUGGAGUUAUGAUUCUCCCCGUGCUGAUGGUGAUGGCGUUCCCGUCUCCCAGCUGGCAAGACGAGGAGCGGAAGCUGAAGAUGGUUCCCUACGAAUGUGUGUGUGAGGGCAUCUCCUGUGGGAAUGGGGAUCGGUGCCAAGGCCAGCGCUGCUUUGCUUCCCUCAGCAUUAACGACGGGGCCAAGGUUUACCAGAAGGGCUGCUUCCAGGUCUAUGAGCAAAGGAAAAUGACCUGCAAAACUCCUCCAUCCCCCAACCAGGCCGUGGAGUGCUGCCAGGGACACCUGUGCAACAUGAACAUCACUGCACAGCUGCCCUCUGCCAAAGGGCAAACCUUCCAAGGAGAGGCUGCAGGUUACAGCAUGGAAACACUAAUCAUCGUUAUCCUGGCUCCUGUGGUAGUGCUGAUAGUUUUUUCUGCAGUAGCUGUGCUGAUCAUCCGGAGAAUACAGAAGAACCACAUGGAGAGGCUCAAUUCCAGGGAUGCAGAGUAUGGCACAAUCGAGGGCCUCAUAGCCUCCAACGUGGGGGACAGCACGCUGGCAGAUUUGCUGGACCAUUCCUGCACAUCUGGAAGUGGCUCUGGGCUUCCUUUCUUGGUGCAGAGAACGGUGGCUCGCCAGAUCACCCUUGUGGAGUGUGUAGGAAAGGGCCGUUAUGGAGAAGUCUGGAGGGGUCAGUGGCAAGGAGAAAAUGUUGCUGUGAAGAUCUUCUCUUCUAGGGAUGAAAAGUCCUGGUUCAGGGAAACUGAGCUGUACAACACUGUACUGCUGAGGCAUGAAAAUAUUUUAGGUUUCAUUGCCUCUGACAUGACUUCCAGGAACUCGAGCACGCAGCUGUGGCUGAUCACACACUACCACGAGAUGGGUUCUCUGUACGAUUACCUGCAGCUGAGCACGCUGGACACGGUGAGCUGCCUGCGCAUCGUGCUGUCCAUCGCCAGCGGGCUGGCACACCUGCACAUCGAGAUCUUCGGCACGCAGGGCAAGCCCGCCAUCUCCCACCGCGACCUCAAGAGCAAGAACAUCCUGGUCAAGAAGAACGGGCAGUGCUGCAUCGCCGACCUGGGCCUUGCAGUGAUGCAUUCCCAGAGCACCAACCAGCUGGACGUGGGGAACAACCCCCGUGUGGGCACCAAGCGCUACAUGGCCCCGGAGGUGCUGGAUGAGAGCAUCCAGGCUGACUGCUUCGACUCCUACAAACGGGUGGACAUCUGGGCCUUUGGCCUGGUGCUCUGGGAGGUGGCCAGGCGCAUGGUCAGCAAUGGUAUCGUGGAAGAUUACAAACCACCCUUUUAUGACUUGGUUCCCAACGACCCCAGUUUUGAAGACAUGAGGAAGGUGGUCUGUGUGGAUCAGCAGAGGCCCAACAUUCCCAACAGAUGGUUCUCAGACCCGACGCUGACAUCCCUUGCCAAGCUGAUGAAGGAGUGCUGGUACCAGAACCCCUCGGCCAGACUGACAGCCCUGCGCAUCAAAAAGACUUUGACCAAAAUUGACAAUUCCUUAGACAAACUGAAAGCUGACUGUUGACCUCUCCUCGUGGUGCUGUCCCAAGGAAGGCACUUGGCUGGCCCAGAGGGCUCUGGCCAGGCAGUUCCUACCCCUGGUCCCCAAGGGCUGCUUGGAGCAGGAGUUUGGGAGCAGCUGGGGGAGCCCUGGCCGUGCAGGACCUCACCUGAGGACUCAGCUGGAUGUGCUGUGGCUGAGCUGGUGGCCUGAAGGAAGACAGAGAAAUCCUAAGACAAGAUCAGGGCAUUAAACAAUGGCUUUGAACAGCUUUUUUUCUUUCUUUCUUUCUUUCUUUCUUUUUCUUCUUUUUUUUUUUUCUUUUUGGUUUUUUUCCCCCUUUUUUUUUUAACAUUUUAUUUUAAUUCUCCUAAUCACUCCCAGGGUGAACACAUGGAAGUGGUAAAUUUUAAUCAGCAAUAUUGCCUGUGCUUCUCUUCUUUAUUGCACUAGGAAUUCUUUGCAUUCCUUACUUGCACUGUCACUGUUAAUUUUAACGACAUGACUUGCCAAAAAUAUGAUUGGCUGUAUCCUGCAUUGAUCUAUGCCUGAGUAAUAGGAAAAGAAUUUGGUAAACUGAAAAUGUAACUGUCAGACUUUAGCUGCAUUUUACAUGUGUACUGAUGUUUACAAUAAUGCUGAACAUUAGGAAUUUCUUGUUUAUCCAAAACUUGCAAAUUAUUUAUUACUAGUGCACUUGCCAGUUUUUUAAACUGUAAAAUAAGUGCAUAAAGUUAAAGCUUAUUUUUAUGUGGCCUCUUUCAUGAUUUCUUACACAGACGUUUUUGUAACACGAUAUAACCUGAAACAUUAAUUGUUUUCUGUAUUAUCAUAUUACAACUCGAUAGUCACAUUUUAAGUGCUUCACAUUUGUAGGUGUGUGGUCUGUACCAUAUUUUCAGUUGGAAUAUGGAACGUAUAUUAUAGCCAUUUCCCACAGGACCUUGUGUCUGGCAUCUUACUCAUCUGGGAAAGGAGAGCAAUGGAGGAGUUAACUAGAAUAUUAGGUCAUGAAUGCUGUGGGGAAAAUGCAUUUUAUUUCUUCUAAGCUAUAUAAUAUGCAUUUAAACUCUGCCAGAAAAAUAACUAUUUUGUUUUAAUCUACUUUUUCUAUUUAGUAGUUAUUUGUAUAAAUUAAAUAGAAUGUUUUCAAGUCAAA